AUAAAUAUUAAAAUUGCAGUCUCGUGAAAGGAAGGAUUAAUUCAAAGAUAAUAUUCUCAGAAUGCCACAGAAAAUCCUUUCGAACGCUAAUUGAGAAUAAGUAUAAUUAAAGGAUAUUAUAGAUUGAUUAGCGCGUCGCAUGGAUACUAAUUACAGAGCAAACAUCGCAAAGUGGCUGCCGCUUUCUGACGGUGCUCUCGACAAAUGGCUCGUAGACGCUUCUCUUUUAGACGAGAGAAUGGGAAAGCUUGCGGGAUGCGUAGCUUUAAUCAUCGAGGACGCCACGGAGGCUCGGACUUGCGAUCAGGAGGUCUUCGAGGAAGUAACAUAUAGCCUGGAGGAAUUAAUAGAAAAUUAUAAAUCGAUGUACAAUUCGGCGGAAUUAAGCAAUCAUCCGAUAUACAAAUAUAAGAUAAAUCAUCUGUCGAUGGUAUUGAAGCGCAAACUAAAUAUCAUCGCGAAAUUUAUCCAAGAUUUGAUUAAUGACAUUAUUGAUUGCAAAAAUGACGAGAACAUAAGAAUAGUGUUCAGAUUGGUAAAUGCUUACAACAAAAUCCUCGACAUGAAUCCGGACGUGUCGGAUCCGUCUGUCAAUGUCUUUUACAACGAUUGCCCAUCCAUGCUGGAGCCUUUGAAGAAAAUCUCCGUGACGAAAAUAUUGCAAAUAUUAGCGAAGAACAGGGCGGAGGAAUCCUGUCACGAACUAAUCGACUGUCUUCUGGCGAAUUACGAGCCCCACGAGAAAACCAAGCCUGUGUCUACAACGAACGACGUGGACGUUUCAGAAAAUUCUAGCAUUGAAAUUUAUCGCGCUCUUACGAGACAUUUAACGCCACCGAUCACGAGUGCGACAUCGCUGUCCGAAGUGGAGGCAUCCAAUAUCGAAAGUGUGCAGGCACUUGUGAACACGCAAAACGAGCAGAUCCUUAGACUCUUAAAUGUUGUGCAGGAAAUAUCACCGCAAUUGCUCGGCGCGGACGCCUUAAAGACCAGUAAAGGUACAGUCCGAAUGGAUUCGAAGACUACAUCUUCUAGCGUUAAAUUACAGAAUAUCACAGUUGAAGCGAUACACAAAAUCUUGUUAGGCGAGACAAGAUUGAGAGGCAGCGCGGUAAAGAAGGUAAAGAACUACUAUCAGGAGGUAGCAUGGGGCGCGUUGUCCAGUAUUUUAGAUCAUGUGAUACUGUGGUGGUCGCACGAAGCACUCGCGACUCAUCACAGCCACGGCGCUCAGCAUCUCAAGGAUUGGCUGCGGCAAUUCAUUCAGGGGAACGAUACCCCGCCUACAGUCAGAUCAGCGCUGCAGACUUUGUGCGACGCGCUCGGGUAUCACACCACCGUCAUUGCUUGGGACCAGAUGUUUAGAUUAGCUUACACCUCGGCCUUCGAGUGCCGUUCGAAACCGUCGUCCACGGAGGGAACCGACACCGGCCAAAUGUUCGUCGAGCUGUUCCAGUUGCUGGUCACUCUCAGCAACGAAUGCGAGGUGGGCGGCGAGUGGGUGAUAGGAGCACCUUUGGUUGAACUGCCAUUGUCGGAGCAGAUCGUCGUGUUGCACAGGAUGGACCAUUCGGUGCAUACGGCGAGAUUGUGGGCCAUUCAGGAGGCCAAGAUUAUAGCUCACACUUGGGACCUGGAUGUAUUCUUCCUUCUUGUCAAGGGCGAUGUAGUGAACUGUUUCGAAGAGCUGUCUUACCUCAAGCUUGCUGAUCACACGACCGCAUUGUCCAUGAAUUCUAUUAGCGUCCAAGUGUACGUGUGCACGAAGAUGAGAGCAAAGAUCGUUUCCGAAGUCAAAGCAAACGUUGAAUUGCUUCAGAUCUGCCCUGCUAAGUGCAUCGACACGCUUGCCAAGAUCUGUCGUGUGAUCAGCCUAGCGAAUUUGCACAUGUGCUUUCCACAGCCAAGUUAUUGGAGAAGAAACAACGACAUAUCUCCGAUGACGGCCAGUCUUUAUGUAGAAACUUAUUUCGAAAAAGUAUUACUGCCAGUGUUGGAAGUGAUAGAGGACCACGAAACAUCCAAUAUGAUUCUACGAAUAAUGUGUGAGGCGUGGCUUGAUUAUAUUUAUCUGCACCGCAUCAAGUUUAGCGAGUACGGUGCGCAACAACUGUUGACGGAUUUCGCGUACGUAUCGACGUGGGUCACCGAGUGCUCGAUCAUCUCGCAAAACGUCAGAAAUCACUUGCUGAAGAACGAGGUCCUACGUCGUUGCGAGGGCGUUGGUCGGCUUCUAUUGAGGCAUCCGGGCGAAGCUAUCGCUAUGCGCAAACGAUUGGCUCGAAGAACGAACGAGCGUGGAUCGCCCGAAUCUCCAGGUCUGGAACGCAUGCCAGCUGAGAUGUACGUUCCGAAUCAAGAACAGUGGCUUGAACUGCGCGCUCCUAAGCGAUACAAUUUUUGUUGUAUGGAAUAAAGAAAGUAAACGGCGAAUCGUCAAUCGGAACUUUGACUGUCACGUUUCUUUUCCCAGAAUCAUUUACAAGUUGGUGAAUGCGGCAGCUCGAUGUAUUACAAAUAUUUCUUAUCAUAUUGUAUGUGA